CCACCCCCAUAAACCUCUCUCUCUCUGAGAAAUACAAGAAGAACCUAGACCCAGAAAAUGGUGUCCAAAAUCAUCAAGAAAACCCCAACAAAAACCAUAAAAAACGCUCGAAACUACCACCAACGCCGCUGCAAGAAGUCGCCGAUCAAGAGCGCCACCGCUACUGCCUCCCUCGUUGUAGCUUCCAUCAACAAAUCAAUCUACAGUUGCCACCGCCGCCUCAUCAAGAUCUUCUCAAAACUAACCCGAAUUGAUACCCCAAAGAGAAGUCCCAGAAAACAAGGCUACAAAUUCCUCAAGAAAGUCACAGCCGAAGACCCACAAAACCUCCGUAGAUCACUCUUCAAUGAGAAACACUCUCUUCCUCCAUUGAUAUCACCGAUGAAGAAGACGGUAUUUCUUGAUUUGGAUGAGACUUUAGUCCAUUCCAAGCCAGAUCCACCUCCUGAAAAGUACGAUUUUAUCGUAAGGCCAGUGAUCGACGGACAAAAAGUCGUUUUCUAUGUGUUGAAGCGUCCAUUUGUAGAUGAACUAUUGGACUAUCUCAGCAAGAAUUUUGAGAUUGUGGUGUUCACCGCCGGGAUUGAAGAAUAUGCUUCAUUGGUGCUUGAUAGGCUUGAUUGGAGGGCGGCGAUAUCGCACCGAUUGUACCGGAAUUCAUGUAAAGAGGUUGAUGGGAAGUUUGUGAAGGACUUGUCUGAGUUGGGGAGGGACUUGAAGAGUGUGGUGAUUGUCGAUGAUAAUCCGAAUUCAUACGUGUUUCAGCCGGAAAAUGCGAUUCCGAUCAGGCCGUUUACUGAUGAUAUCGGAGAUGGAGAGCUGAGGAGGUUGAUUGAGUUCUUUGAGGGGUCUGAUAAGUUUGAAGAUAUGAGAGAUGCUGUGAAUAAGUAUCUUGCUGAGAGAGAUGAGAAGGUGGUUCAAGUGUAAUUCUUUUUUCUAAUAUUUUUUUUCAAUUUGGUUUCUUUUCAUGGGCAUAUUUUGUUGAACAAAUUGUGUUCAAUUUGAAAUUGGAAAGGAAAUUGAGAAGAAGAAAGCAAAAUUUGUUUAAUCCGUUUCCCGUUACUUGAGGACACACGAGAUUACUGCUCUCAAAAUGGUUGUUAAGGCGGUUCCAUU